AUGGCCACCCUACCCCAUCCCUCCGCCGACGACGUCGACGACGUCGACAAAGUCUCCACUUCUGAAGCCGAUAACAAUGUCACCACCCAUCGCCUGCCGCCUGUUGGGAUCCGGAACCUUUCCCCCGAAGAAAGUUUAGCCCUCGAAAAAAGGUUGCGUAGAAAAAUUGAUCUGCGACUGAUGCCGAUGUUAAUCUUGAUGUAUAUCCUAAAUUACUUGGACCGUAAUAACAUUGCCGCGGCAAGAUUGGCGGGAUUGGAGGAUGAAUUAAAGUUAACAAGCACGCAGUACCAGACUUGUGUGAGUAUUCUGUUUGUGGGGUAUAUCCUGAUGCAGGUACCUUCGAAUAUGUAUCUCGACAAGAUCGGAAGACCGUCGAUAUAUCUACCUACUUGCAUGAUGGUCUGGGGUGUCAUUUCCGGGGCCACAGGGGGAGUACAUAACUUUGCGGGGUUGGUGACUUGCAGAUUUGUGCUGGGAUUCGUGGAAGCUGCUUACUUUCCUGGGUGCCUGUUUUAUCUCUCGUCCUGGUACACUCGUAAAGAGCUCGGGUUCCGAACAGCACUCUUGUACUCUGGCUCCCUGAUAUCCGGGGCCUUCUCGGGCCUUCUCACAGCUGGAAUAACAGAUGGAAUGGACGGCGUCCGCGGGAUCCUCGCGUGGCGAUGGCUCUUUAUUCUCGAGGGUGCUGUCACUGUCGUUGUUGCAGCCGCUGCAUUCUUUAUAAUUCCAGAUUUUCCGAGCACGACGAAAUGGCUCAGCCCGCAAGAAAGAGACAUGGCUAUGUGGAGGCUGGAGGUAGAUAUCGGAGAGAGUGAUUUGACAGGUUCAGAAAAGCCAAACUUACUCCAUGGGUUGAAGUUGGCUAUGGUGUAG